AGUGACUCCUUAAGAAGCUAAAUACGAGAACUGCUCAAAUAGCCGAUAUUUUGUUUCAUCAUGUCUUGUUCGGAUUCCCAGUCGUCUAAUAAAACAUGGGAAUUAAGUCUAUACGAAUUACACAGGACUCCGCAAGAGGUAAUUACCGAUAAUACUGAAAUAGCAGUAUCUCCCAGAAGUUUACACAGUGAAUUAAUGUGUCCUAUCUGUCUAGAUAUGUUAAAAAAUACUAUGACUACAAAAGAAUGCUUACACCGGUUUUGUCAAGAAUGCAUCAUCACUGCUUUACGCAGUGGAAAUAAAGAAUGUCCAACGUGUCGUAAGAAACUUAUUUCUAAAAGAUCUUUGCGUCCAGAUCCUAAUUUUGACAUGCUGAUAUCGAAAAUUUACCCCAGUCGUGAUGAGUAUGAAGCUCUUCAAGAACGAGUUCUAGCGUCCUUAAAUAAAAAGCAUAACCAUGCAUUAGCUCAUAGUAUCGAAGAAGGAAUGAGGAUUCAAGCACUUAAUAGAGCUCAGAGAGUUAGAAAGAAUGCUCCUGAGGAAACAAAUGACAAUAAUAACAACAGCAAUGCUAGUACAACAAAUACCAGUGCCAUUGUCAAUAACAGUGCUGCAAGUGUAAACGAAAAUAGUAAUAGUAUGACUGCCCCCCUUACCACAUCUACGCCGGUACCAACACCUCGCCAGACUCCUACGCCUGGUAGUUCAAGUGAUGCAAAUUCGUCUCAGCCUCGUAAGAGACUAAAAACAUUGUCAGAAAAUGAAUCUGUAGGGUCAGGUAUUGAACAAGAUAAUGAAAAUGAUUUAGCUGAAGAAAGCACGGAGGGUACAAAUCAAGAAGUAGAGACUGAGAGUACAUCUGAAACAUCUGUAAAUGAAAUUGAACUUGUAUUUAAACCCUAUCCUCAUGACAGGGAUGAUAGUGAGCCAUCAUAUGCUCAAGUUCGUUAUAUUAAAACUACAGCCAAUGCUACAGUGGACCAUUUAUCAAAAUAUUUGGCCAUGAGGUUUGCAUUGGACAAGCAAGAUGAACUAGGCUCUGAAGCUCCAUCUGAAAUCUCACCAUUUUCAAUUUACAUUGCAGUCACUCCUGGACAAUUUUCACUUCUUGAUGGCAAUGUUACUCUUGACCAAGUAAAUGAAAAAUUUUGGAAAGUAAACAAGCCACUUGAAAUGUUUUAUGCUUUCAAGAAGACCUGAGUAUGAUCUGCCAGUUUUCAAAACAUUCUUGUAUACAGAUACUUCUUUUAUUUUAUUUUCAUAAAAAAGAAGUGCAGUUUAACAGAAAAUGUUUGUAUUAGAAUGCAUCUGUUUAAACUUCUACUUCCUUUUGUUAGAGAUUUGAUUAACAUAUUUUUUAAGUUUAAAUGAAGGUAUUUUUAAUUAUUAUUUAACUUAAACAGAAAUUUUAGAUUCUUUUGAAUACUUAAUGUUUUAGUGUUUAAUUUAGAGUUGAAAUGAUAUGAAGUAUCAAACUUCUAAAUUUCAGUAUGUGCUAGCAAAAGUACAAAUGUUUUUAUAAACUUCAUUUUCUACCAGUAAAGUAUAACUGAAAUACUGAAUUGUAGAAUUAAGAAAAUAAUGGUAUGCAUCAACUUUCUGAGAUUAGUAGCAUAAAGUGGUUAACAUGUCAAGUAAUAUUUUAUGUUAUUUAUUGAUACAUACAUUAAGCAUGAUGUGGCGAUUAAUUCAUUUAAUCAUGAGUUUAAUUAGAAAAAUAAUUUUUAAAUAUAUACAGUUGACCCUUGAACAGUACAAGAGUUGAAAAUGGUGAUACUCCCUUCCAAUACUCAAAAUUUGUCUCUCAAACUUUGAUCUCCUGUUUGCAAUAUGAUUUAUUAGUCUAUUUACAUUAAUAUUACCUUAUAUGAAACCAAAAUACUGUAGAUUUUAUACAUAUUAUUAGUCCUAAACAUGAAAACUUAAGUUUCUGUCACAGAUUUUUGUGUACGUUGUUAGUACUAAACAAUAAAAUAGAUUAGUGCCUA